AUGGUCCUUCGCACCUGCCACGUCCACCAGUGCCUUCUUUCCUCCACUAUCCUAAAUUUCGAGCUGCACUUGCCUCAUCCACCACAUUACAAGUACGUAUCCGCAACUGUAAGAAACGAGGAAAGAGCCAACGCACGAGAGCUUCCUCGCAAGGCACGGUACCUAGGAAAUCCACAGAAAAAGUCGACAAAUGUCACGGGCCUUGCGACAUGUGGUCAGGAAUCGUCAGGACGCACCUUCCAUGUCAUUUCUCGCCGUUGCCCUUGGCUGCUGCUGGGGAACAUGAGGAAAGCACACAGCCAAACUGGCCCGAAUGGGUAA